AUGGCGAGAGGAAAUCGGAUCGAAGCGGUCGAGACCUCUCCAGAAGGAAUGGAGUCCAGCCUGGGGUACCUUUCUUCUCAUUCCCUUUCUAAGAGCGCCGCUCACUCUCCAUCAAUCGACAGCCAUCGUCGCGUGUCCAUUUUCAACCCUAUGACGAAAGAAUCGCGACCCUCUGUUAUCCAACUUUCGCCUGCCGAACCCGUACCCAAGCCCAUCUCAACCGACGCCGAGUUAAUCCCAGAAACGAACGCUUCACUGCGAGCGCUAGGCCCGAACAUCACAAUUCGGCCAAUGGCAGAACCUGAUCCAGAGUCUUGGAAGCACACACUGCAUGCAAUCUGCUACCCAGACGAUAAAGAUGACUUCUUCCCUUGCUUACAUCUGCCAGAGACCACAGAAAUUGCUUCUCGUGUGUCCGUCAUCCGGGAGAACCCGAUUUUAGCUGAAAAACCUGCCCCACUAAUAAACAAAGAUCCCAUUGAUCCUGCCACGAUAGAGGAAGACCUUCGCCGGCUUCGUCUUAUUCAGAGUCUCUUCGAUAAGAAUCAAAAUCUGAAUGAUGACGAAGAGUUUUUUGAGCUCAAGAAAACCCCACAAAAGCGUCCAAUCCAGGAAGUCGCUGCGAAUUCCAUCACCAAACGAUUACAGCCCGUUCAACAAGACAGCAUUUUCUCCAUCGAGCAGACAUUUGGCACUCGACGAAACACCCGUCGCGUUUCUGACGUCUUUGGGUACGGCGCUGGAACUGACAAUGACCUUGAAGCUGCCCUGAAAGCAUCUCUAGAAGACAGCAACGCGAACAUUACAUCACCUGCCAAUACAAGCGGCGUAAAGCCACGAAAAAUCCGCCGGGGUCAUGCAGCCCGAAAAUCAGGUGGCCAAAUUAUGACUGAAGUUUCCACAUAA